AUGAAUCUGCUACUUUCUUCUUCUAUUUCGGUGUUCUGGAGACGUGUAAACGCGUAAUCUUGAUUCUUAUCUGUAUGAGUGGGCAACGAGAAGAGGGGGAAAACAGACACAAGUGAAGGCUAAGAACAGGCAUUUAGGAAGUCGCUCGCUGUCCAGCGAAGGUCCGCUACCCUGCCGAGGCCUCGUUGCUAUGGGAACUCGAAGCCUAACCGAGAGAGAAGCAGCAGAAUCUGAGCGUGAUCUCCCCAGAGCCCCCUGCGUUGAAGCGGUUCCCUUCCCCAGUCUUCUGCCUGCUGUUGGGGUGAGGAGAGUGGGAUCCCCAGGGUCGAAGAACCCCUUGGGGGUAUGUGUGUGGGAUUGGAGACGCGUGCGUCAGCCGGAGGAGGAGGAGGAAGACAGAGAUACUGGAUUUAUGACCCCAAGUGCUGGUUCCCAGAAUGGAGGGUAUGGUAGACUUCCAUGCUUUGAAGAAGGAACUGGAAGAAGCUGUUGCCGCUGAUGAGAAGUACCAGAGAGAAAAUGAGGCCAAGUUUCGAGCAGUGCACCAGAAAGUGGCAUCUUAUGAAGAAUUCAGAGAUAUUGUUCUAGCAUCACACUUGAAACCUUUGGAGAAAAGGGACAAGAUGGAGAAUAAGAGAAAAGCACUGUGGAACUCCUGUGCAAUGAAAGCAGACCACAAGCAAGAAAGUGAGAUGGAGUUGUCUCAGGAGUUGGAGCGGCUACCUGAGACCUCUGCAGAGUUCUACAGAGAUUGGCGCAGAUGCAUGAAAAACAGCAAAGAGCGCUACCAGCUCCUGCUUCAACUUGGAUCCCAGAAGUUGGGCUGCAUCUUCCAAGCAGAUCUUGCUUUUGGUCUCUUGGGUGAAUUCCUAGGAAUACUAGCUGAAAAUGUCUGCAUCAAAGACCAGGGUUCUGUCUUGGAGAUCUUGGAGAGUCUUUCAGGCACCAAGCGCUUUGGACUGAAUGUGGAACUCCUGAGUGAGCAAGAGAAGGAAGACUGCAAGUGUCUGUUUGAGAAACUGCAAAGAAUGAGGACAAGCCUCAGUGGUCUCACUGAAUUUUCACAUGCCUCAGAUGAAGAAGGUACAGCUGUUACCCAGAUCCAUUGCCAAACAGAUGGACUAGAUGAAAGAAAAUUGAUGAAACUGAUGCGGCUUUACCAAAUCCUCUGAAGGAAUCUGAGCUUCUCACCAGCACGCACAAAGAAUUGUUGCAGAAUAUAGGGAAGAUAGAAAUCUCUGCUAGGAGCAUCUCCUCACAAGCCCUAUUUAGAUGAAUGGGAGAUUCACAAGGGCACACAUGAACUCAAGCACAUCUCCUAUUAAUUUCAUUAAGCCUUUUGUAGGUCAGAUGGGCCAUUCAUAUUUGCUUUUCCCAACUUCUACUUCACCAAUGUGGAGUUUUUACAUGGGCCCUGCCAAACCAGGUAGCUCAUCAGUUGUCAAUAAAUAAUAUUUGUCAGUUGAUGAUUA